GUGACAUGGGAAACCAGUGUCAACAGUCGUCGCAAACAGAUGACGUGACAGAAAGGGCACCCACUAAGUAGCUACCUAGCGAGCACAUGAGGAUAUCAACGCCAAACAUCAGCUCCUGAAUUACGGUAACAUGGGGAAGAAUAAACAAAAGGGGAAAAAGCAGAAGAACGUCUUUCAAGUCGCAAACAAGCACUUGAAGCCCAAGAACAAAGCUAAACCUGUCACGACAACGCUCAAACAUAUCAAUGCAGUGAAAAAUGAGAAGGUGGAGAACCUCAAUCAAAUCUUCACAGAAGUCCAGAGGGAUGUUAGGAGCAUUUCAAAGUCUGUUGCUCCUGAACCAAAGAAACAAACGCAGGUUGUCAGAGAGCCACCAAAGGAAUCUGUAAACGUUGACAAUGCGGCUCAACUCUUCUCUCAGCUAUAAUGGACCACGACAGCGGGACUGUCAUAAAGUCUAAGGACAAACACAGUGACCAACUGAACUGUAUGUCUCUUCAUGUUGGACAUGUCAGUCAGUUUACUUCCAAUGCAUUUUGACAUUUCAUGGCAAAAUGAGGACUGCAGAUAAGAUGAAAAUUAAAAGAGGUUACUGCAUUAUAGGAAAACGGGUUUGGUACCAAAACCCGGUUCCACUUUUGGUUCCACAUAAUGUGUCGACUGAAAUAUUUUCCCUCUGUCACUCCGAAACGGAAAAAAUAUCACACUUUGUAUGUAGUCUACCGUUAGCUAGCUACUGUAAAUGUAGGCUACUUUUAAAAUGCCAUAUUUUCCCCAUGGGCUCACCAAAAUGGACGUAAAACCAUAUUAACCAGUCAUUGCAAGUGAUCGCUAGUAAACAUAUUAUAUCUUUGAUGUCAUUUUUCAGUUUUUCAAGAAUUGGUUUAGGAAAAGUACCGGUUUGGCAUCGUAAUUGUAAAAAUCCAAACGAUACCCAACCCUAAGUAUUCUAAGCAUUCUGUUUAUUCAAUGCAAAGAAAGACAAAUGUGUGCUCUGUGAUAUUGUUUCAGGAACAAAGGAGAUUCUUUUAUUUUUAUUAAUGAAUAUUCUUUUGUGUAUAAAUCUUUGCUUUCUGCAACAAAUUAUUAUUUUCCUUAUUAAUUAAGCUGCUGGCUAUUUCCUUGAUUAACUGUAGACUAGUGAAAAAUAUCCAUCAUUGCAAAUAACCAACAGUCCCUAACAAAAACAUAUUCUGUUAACUAUCCUAUUUCAAAAAAGAACAUCAGCAAAUACUUCACAUUUGAGCAAAUGGAACCAGGUAAUAUUUGGCAGUUUUGCUUGAAAAUAGGCUGAAACAAUUAAUCAGUUAACACAGUAGUCGCUAAUUAAUUUUCUGUUGAUUUAACGGUAAACUGUUUUCUUGACUAAACUGUUGAUGUGGCUGCGUCUUCAUCAUCUGAAUCUGCAUGAAAUUAAAGGUGACUUAUGAAAGGUAAUUAAACAGAACAUUUUCAAAGGGAAGAUACAACCAUGCGCACUGUGCCCUACUCUCUUUGAAUUUUGUUUUGCAAGUCAGUUCAAGGUUUUUGCACUUUUCUUUCCUCCAUGCUUUUCCUGCCUCUGAUUUAGUGGAAAUGAAGUCACAAAGGAGAUCGUCAUGACUGCUGUUUGUAAUGAUGAAAGCGUGUUGUUCCAAAGAGAUUUGUUCUUCUGGAAAUCAUUAAAAUUGCAUGUAGAAAUUCACAUAACAAGCUCAAACUCACAUAUGUAGCAUCAUUAAAUAGUAUACUGUAAUGUU